UUCUCAAAUUGACAUUUGGUUUUUUUGGAAGCAACGUAAAACACGUGUGAGCGACAAAUUUAUUUCAAUUGUUUUGUUAAAAAUUAGAAGCCAAAAUGUAUCUGAUGUACACUUUAAAUGAAAAAGGAGAACGCGUUUACACGCUGAAGAAACGCACUGAAGAUGGAUUUCCAACGAUCUCUGCUCACCCAGCACGUUUCUCGCCGGAAGAUAAAUACUCACGUCAUCGUUUGACCAUCAAAAAACGUUUCGGUUUGCUGAUCACACAACAACCUGAACCAGUCUACUAAUUUUGAUACCUACAUAAUGUCUGUACCUUGAUAAGUUCGUUUUUAAGUAAAUAUGAUUCAAAUAUGCAUAACAUAUUUUAUUAACUAAGGCUUAAAUAUGAGUAAAUAAACACUUUAUAUUAACUAAAAAAUAA